CACGGUUCCCUCUUUGGCCGCGCACAAGUUGGAUGAGAGUCCGCCACUUCUUCCUUUUCUUCUUUUCUAUCACCAUGAAGGACUGGAAACCUCACCUGAAAGGUUGUGAGCUACCGCUGCUCUGAGGACAUCUACAAGAAGCAUAAAUGUGCACAGUAGAACAAGCAGAAGAUGCAGGGAGCCAUUGCCCGAGUGUGUGUGGUGGUGGCUGCAGCCAUAUUAAACCACCCAUUGCUGUUUCCUCAUGAGAACACCACCCUGCCAGACCAGGACAAGGACCUCAUCGCCCGAAUGCGGGAGCAUGAGGAAAGAUUGGAAAUGGAGCAGGCCAAGCUGGAGAAAGAGCUUUCCCAGCUUGAGUCCAAAGAAGAUGAAGGAACCAGCACAGAGGAAGGUUAUAGUUUGUAUCUCUGGAGUACCUUUUUGUUCAUCGUGUUCUUUGUUAUUGAAAAGUGUAAGGUGAAUCUCGCAGAAACAGAAAUCCAUCCAGUCGAGGAUGAAGAUGUUCUGGAGAGUGGGUCCGUCAGCCCCAGAACAUUGGUACUCGAUAAGGACAUCCUGAGCAACUUCUGCGACAAGUGCACCUACAUGGCAGCCCAUGAAAACUGGAGAGUGAGGGAGUUUGUGGAGGGGUUUUCAGAUGAUUUACUCGAAGCGCUGAGGAGCGUAUGCGACAGAGAGGUGGACAUGGAGGUUGGGGACUUUGUCGGUGUUGGGAGCAUGUUCGAGUCCUGGAAAGUGUGCAAACCGCUGACAUGUGACCUUAUUGUGCCUUUCUCUCCUCCGGACCCAUACUGCUUCCAGUUCCAUCUGUGGUGCAGUCCGUCCAGCGACAUUCCUCCAAACAUGCAGGGCUGUGGUAUGAUCAAGGUUGCCAGGUUUGGAGAGAAUGAAGAGGGCUGCCUCUGCGGUUCCGCAAACCUCGGAGAAGACAUGCUUUGUCUUUUACACAGCAGAAACGAGGCACCCAAAGUAGACCUCAGCCCCGAUGAACUGCUCUGCUCCAAAAACACUCCUUUUUUAGCCAAAGAUCAAGUCAUGAAGUGGUUUCAGAUCUCUGUAACCAAAGCGUGGGGACGCAUUUCUCAUAAAUAUGACUUUGAGGUCACUUUUCGCAACCUGGAUGCUGCCGGUGCUCUUAAAAUCCGAUUCCGUUCAGGGAAAGUCAUCGUCAUGAACAUUAUACCUGUUGUUCAGCUGGAGGAUACAGAUGCAUAUUUUGUGCCACACUUCCCAUCAGACUGUGACAGCUUUCAGGACCCUUACUGGCCCCUUUCUUUUGCGGUCUAUGAGAGGAAUUUGCUGAAACAUUUGGCUAAACGCCUACCAGAAAAUUCCUGUCAUUUGCAUUGCCUUCAGAUUCUGACCUUUCUACACAGAAAGCAGACUGGGCUCACGGGGGAAAGCGCUCUGACGAACUACCAUUUGAAGACUGCUCUCUUGCACCUGUUGCUAAAUAAACACACGUCUUUGUGGGACGUUGAGAACAUCGAGCACAGGGUUCAGGACAUGUUUGCCUUCUUGCAGAGAUGCCUACAGGAGAAAAGACUCCAUCAUGUUCUGAUUGGGAACAGUAAAAUCCCAAAAGAGGUUCUGGUUCCUCAGAUUCUCAGGAGAGCAGAGCCUGUCAAUCUGUUUCGUUCUCUGGUGUUGCAGAGGGAGCUUUAUGCAAGCACAGUCCGGCAUUUCCAGGAAAUGUUACGAAAUGCGCCUGUGCUUCUUCAAGAGUAUACACCUCUAUUAACUAACGGAGGUAUCCACCACAGACUACAAGAAAGAUUUUGAGGCCGUCUGCAUCGUUUCCAGAUGGAAAAUGUUAAUGUACCAGAUGAAUGAAAUGAUAAUUUUUGGAGUUCAUAACCAAGAAAUUUGCACUGAACUAUAAGUUACUGUAUUCAAUAUAACAUGUUAAAUUUCUGAUUAGUAAAGAUUUAUGUUAAGGAUUUAUGUUAGUGACAACUGUGCUCAUGACACAGGAUCCAUAUUUUACUAUCCUUAUUUUAAAGAGUAUAUGCCACAAAGUAAUCCAAAUAGCAUAUGUUGGCUUUAUUGAAAUGCAUUGUACAGCAGGCAAACCAUUACUGUACACACUGAUCUACAAGCAAAAUGAUUUCUGAAUCGAAGAGAAAUUUAGCCAAAUUUGGGUCAUUAAUAGUGAAAAAAGUCAAAAGUGCUAGUUUGCUUUAUUUUUCAAAACACAGUAUUGGGUCAGAAUUUUCAAAAGUAUUGAGACACAUUGAAUUCAGGUGUUUGAUUGCUAACGGGGAUAGGCUAUGACAAUUAUAAUUCUCAGUUGUAAUAAAUUUCACUGCAAUACAAUGUAUUUUCUCAUCUUACAUUAGUUUGCAUUGUCAUCUAUGCUUAUAAAAUACUUCAGUUUGUUUUUACUGAAUUGUAUGCAGUUUCAUUGAAUUUUUAGCAUUACACUGGUCUACAAUUUUUUAGAAAUGAUUUGCUUCAGACAUUAAAUGUGCUAAGUGUUACGUAUUUUAAUAAGAUUAAUUGGAAAAUAAAUGACAAAAAUGCCGGUUUGCUGAUGU